AUGAGCGGUGGCUUCCUUCAAGGUGAGAGUUAUGAUUAUGGCCAAUUUCCUCCUGAACAGAAAGAAUAUAAGGUCAUCCAUCUGAGAAGUGGUAAGGUAGCAGAUCUAGAAGAAAAGGUUAGUGAGGAGCCGGUUGAAAGAGAAGCCCCGGAGGAGGCCAAGGAGAAAGAAGAGCACGCCCCCUCUAGACACCCGAAAAACCAUUUUCUAGAUGAUCUUGAGAAGUAUUCGGCAUUGUCUAAGGCACCUGAGUAUAAGCCUAAGAUGCCAUAUCCUCAAAGGCUUCAGAAGGCUUCCAAAGACAAGCAGUUUUCCAGAUUUUUAGAGGUCUUUAGGAAGCUUCAGAUCAACAUUCCUUUUGCAGUGGCCCUUGAGCAAAUGCUUCUUUAUGCCAAGUUUAUAAAGGAGUUGUUGACUAACAAGAGGAAUUGGAAAGAAAGUGAGAUAAUGAGAGCCUUAUGUGAUAUUGGAGCUAGCAUCAAUCUCAUGCCACUAUUCUUGAUGAGAAAGCUCCAAAUUGAUGAGGUAAAACCCACUUGUAUUUCUCUUCAACUUGCUGAUUGUUCAAUUAAGUUUCCUCUUGGAGUUGUUGAGAAUUUACUAGUGAAAGUAGGACCAUUUAUUUUUCCUGCGGACUUUGUCAUGCUGGAUAUGGAAGAGGAUAAAAAUGCCUUUAUUAUUCUUGGAAGACCCUUUUUAGUUAUAGGAAGAGCCCUUAUUGAUGUUCAAAAGGGUGAAUUAACUUUGAGGGUCAAUGAAGAGAAGGUUGUGCUUAAUGUGCUUGAGGCUUUGCAACGCCCUAAUGAUUUUGAAGGGUGUAUCAUACCUCAGGUGAGUGAGGAUCGAUCUCACGAGGAUUGA